GGCCGUACCUUCCUUGGCAAGUGGCUGCUCUCGUGAUGCUGGGGUGGGUGACCCGCUAAGUAUAGUGAUGACCGACGAUUGCCAACCCAGAGCUGUUCUAUAAGCUUGAGCGAGGGGCAGAGCCAUGGCUUGGAAACAUUCAGGGCCAGAGGAAUCUCCUGAAUUGUCACCCAAGAAAAAACAAGAUGGGCUACACGGAAGAAAUAGAUGUGUAUGAUGCAGCCCAAGAGACUGGACUGUGCCUGCCACCCAGAAGAAAGCCUGUCUUUCCCACUUCUGUGCAGAGAGCGGCAACAUGGAGGUCGAUUGCGCAGGAGAGAGCACACGGCCAGUGAAGCCCCGGUCUAUCCAGAAGUCAUGGUUUGCACAGUUUCCGUGGUUGGUCAUGAAUGAGGAGCAGACGGCUCUGUUUUGCUCUGCUUGCCGAGAAUACCCAUGUGUCAGGGACAAACGGUCAAGGUUAAUAGAAGGUUAUACAGGACCGUUCAAGGUGGAGACUCUCAAAUACCACGCCAAGAGCAAAGCUCACCUGUUCUGUGUCAGUGCCUUGGCUGCAAGGGACCCUGUGUGGGCAGCCCAUUACCAGAGCGUCACAGAUACACCUGGAGAGGUGCUGACCAGCCCAGCACACCUGUUCCCUGUGGAUUAUCCCAUGUCAUACCUUCCUGGGCCUCUGGGAGACUAUGACAAUGUGGCCGGGCUCUUGCCAAGCUCUAGAGCUGAGCUGGGGUAUGCUGCAUUGUAUCUAGAUUGCAUCUCAGAGUUGAGGCAAAAAGAAGUCACUGAUGACAUCCACACGUCCUCAAACAUUGACAUUUUAUUUGAUGACUCUGCCGAAUGCUUCAGUCAGGACCCUUCUGAAGAGGGGCUCCUUGAGGAGGUUCCUGUGGUGUUUGAGGAGCUGCCUGUGGUGUUUGAGGAUGUGGCGGUAUAUUUCACCCGGGAGGAGUGGGGCUUGCUAGACAAGCAGCAGAAGGAACUGUACAGAGACGUGAUGCGGAUGAAUUAUGAGCUGUUGGCAUCACUGGGGCCUGCUGCUGCCAAGCCAGACUUGAUCUCCAAGCUGGAACGUAGAGCUGCGCCCUGGAUCAAGGACCCCAGAGGGCCCAAGUGGGGGAAAGGUCAUCCUCCAGACCCAGCAUUUGUGAAGUAG